GCGGUUCGGUUCCGAGCGGGGUGGAGCGGGGGGCGCGGGGCAAGGGUGAGCCUCACCGGAGUCACCGGUAGCGCGCGCAGUUGUGUUUCGCCACUCGAAAAGAAGGUUAAUGUUGCAAUGAGACGGGCAUCGGACUAUCGAUAAAGUGUGUUUGUAUGUCGUUUUCGUCGAUAAUAAGUGUUGUGUUUACUUUCACCCGUGCGAAUGUCUCAAUCCUUACCUUUUUGUUUGUUGUUUCUUUUAAUCACUGCCGCAUGGGACGGCGCUUACGUUUCAGUUAACCUUUUAUUUUGAAACGAUGGAACGUUGUUCUUAUGGUUUUUACACCAAAAGAUCGGAGAUACUAGACAACAUCCAAAAGAAGAAAGAUCAAGAUAAGGAACAGAGUCAAAGUGCGGGGUUCCAGCAGGUGUCAAAAGGCGAGAAGGCCGGAGGCGGGCCAGAGAAUGCGAGCCCCGCAGUGACGCAGCAUGUCCCGGCGCAGCUGCUGUCCCCGCCCCCCGCGCCCGCGCACCAGCUCCAGCCCGCCGACAAGGACAAGGCCAUCAAAGUAGCCAACUCAACCACAAUUACACUCAUCGAGAACGGCUCUCUCAAUGCUGACAAAGACAAAGACGCUAACUACCCUAAAAACUAUUUCACUUUAGAGCCAAAGAAUGAUAAAAAAGAUGACGGCAAUAAAAAUAGUAUUACUAUAACUAGGACAGUGCCCAAACAGUCGCCUAGCCAGGACAAGUCAAAGGGGCAACAGAAACCAAACAAGAGGCCCUUACAGUGUUUGGAAACACUUGCUGAAAAGGCAGGAAUCACUUUCGAGGAUAAAUACGAAGCUGCAAACACUCUAUUAGCGUUAGAUAAACAGAACAAUACCUUUCGUAGGCCCCAAGAAUUAAAACAGCCUAAAACAGAGCCUGAUAAUCCUGUUCAAAACGAGGAGUAUAGAUAUAGAAAUCAGAAAGAAGAGGAUGAUAAAUUACAGAUCCAACAGCAAAUAAUCCAGCAACAACAACAGCAGCAACAGCAACUGCAGCAGCAACUACAGCAGCAGCAGUUGCAGCAGCAGUUGCAGCAACAACAACAGUUGCAGCAACUGCAGCAGCAGGCUUUGCAGCGGCAGCACCAGGCCAUACAGCAGCAUAUUAAAAACCACCAAGACCAACAAGAGCUAUUGCAGAAGCAGUUUCAACAUCAACAACAGCAGCAGCAGCAGCAACAACAGCAACAGCAACAACAACAACAGCAGCAGCAACAACAACAACAGCAGCAACAACAACAGCAGCAACAACAACAGCAGCAGCCGAAACAAGAGCUACAGCAAGUUACUCAACAGCAAGAUUUGCAACAGCAAAAGUUUUUGCAGGUGGUGAACAACCAGCCGGUGCACACGCAGCAGUUCAACGUGCCCGGCAUCGGUGAGAUCAACCUCAGCUUCCUCGCCUCCCCGCAGAGCAACGUUAAUCUGCUCUUCGACAAGAGCCAGAAGGCCGGCGGUCAGAUGAGCGGCGACAUCAAACAGCAACAACAAUUAGUAGACGGUCAAUCGCAAGUAGUCCAGCAGCAGAUGAGCAUGGCGCAGCACGAGCCGACGCAGCAGCAUCACCAGACGGUCACGGUCGUCUCCUCCAUGCCCAGCUCCAUGGCCGCGCACCAGGUCCAACAACAGCAGACAGCGGCAGGCAUGCAGCAGCAGACGAGCGCUGGCAUUUCUAGUAUGCCGCCGCUUCAGACCUUACCCCCCAACACGCAACACCCGCAGCAAAUCAGCGCUGACUGGGGCCACAGCCGCGUGCAGGUGAUUCAGCAGCCGCUGCAGAACAGCACGUACCUGCAGCAGCUGUACAACGCGCAGGGCCCGCUGCUCAUGCCCGGCAACAUCCUGCACCCCGGCAUCAACUCCCAGCAGAUACAAGUGAUCGCCGCGGGAAAGCCGUUCCAGGGCAGCCAGCUGGCUCCGCACAUGUUAACUGCACAGGGCAAGCAAGUUCUGCAGGGGCAAGCCGUAAACUUUGCAGGUCUAACGACGUAUCAGGAACAAGCUCCGUUCCCAGGCUACACGACAAUCCCGGCCAUCCCCACCACGCAGAACCAGACGUUCGUGUUCAGCCCGCUCGGCGUGAUCAACUCGCAGCCCAGCCUGCUGCCCGCGCACUCGCAGCCCUCCGUCUCCGGCAUCUCGCACCAGCAGAAGACUAAUGAAAUGCACAAGGUGAUGAGCGGCGGCAAGGUGGUGGGCGGCAAGGGCGGCGGCGCGGUGGCGAGCGGCGCCACGGCCAUGCCGGUGGCGGCGCAGUGCGUGCAGGUGUCGCAGCCCGUGCUCGGCGCGCAGCAGCAGCAGGCGCAGAUCAUUAGCCCGCUGCAGAGCGGCGGCGGCACGAUGCAGUUCGCGCCGUGGCAGAUCUCGGGGGCGCUGCCGCAGGUGUGGGCGGGCGGGCUGCAGGCGGGCGUGCCCGCGGGCCCGCUGCUCGCCUCCAACCCCAUCUUCCUGCGCGGCGCGCAGCCCGACGCGCCCUCCAUGUUCAUACAGCACUCGCCGCAGAACACGCACACUCACAACAACGCGAGCGUGGCGUGCGCGACGGGCACGGCGGCCAAGCCGCGCGCGUCUACCGAGGGCAUGGCCAAGGCGCCGCGGCCGCUGUCCACCAUCAUGCCGUCCGGCGCCAUCCGCCCCGCCUCCUCCGUGUCCACACAGACCAACGCCAACCAGGCGCAGAACCAGGCAAAGCACCGGGGCAAGCCGGGAGUGCGGUCGCCGGCGCCGGCCGCCAAACAAGAUGCCGCCAACCAGACCAACAAGAUGCAGCACCAGAUGCAGCAGCCCAAGCAACAGGUGUUAUUAAUGAAUUCGAGCGGGCAGAUGACUCAGAUAUCGAGCGUGCAAGACAAGCAACCCAUCACGAAGACCAUCCAGCAGCAAGCGAUCUUGCAGCAGCAGGCGUUGCAGCAGCAGCAACAGCAACAACAGCAGCAGCAGCAACAACAACAACAACAGCAGCAACAGUUGUUGCAUCAGCAGCAAACGCAACAAAUGGUGCAGCAUUAUCAACAACAAGGAAUGACCCUCGGCAUGCAGCAAGGCUCGCUGCCGGUGGGGUCGGUGGCGCAGAGCCUGCCCAUGGCCGGCAUCCCGCAGACCAUAUCCAUGGUGCAGCAGAUACAUCAGGGCGUGCAGCUGAGCGGCAUGUCGCAGGCGGGGGCGCUCGUGGGCCAGCUGGGCGCAGCCCCGCAGGCGCAGGGCACGCUCGCGCAGGUGCAGGCGCUGCAGCAGCCGCAGACUCUUGUCGGCAGCGGGCUCGUCCAGACUUCAGUGGGGAUGGCCGUACAGCAACAAGCCGCUUUGAACCAUUCCACUGCGAUGCAAACGGUGGGCGGCGGCGGGUUGAGCUCGCCGCAGCUGACGCUGGGCGGCGGCGUGGGGCUGCUGGCGACGCCGGUGCUGCCGCUGCCCCAGCCCGCCGCGCUAGUGCAUGUCAAGAGCGAGGACGACAAGAGCGCGCCGCACUCACAGACGCCGGUGCAGCAGAUAGCCCCGCAGCCGAUGGCCACAGAGCCGGCGAGCGAGCCGGCCGGCACUCUCUUCCCCGCGCCCGCGCCCCCCGCCCCGCCCGCCUCCGCCGCCGACACUCCGCCCACGCCCACCGCCACCGUCGGUCCGGCUAAUGGCGAGUCAAAGUCAACCGAAACCAAGCAGGAGCCAGAGGCCGCGGCCACAGCGCCCGCUCCCUUUCCUGCGCCCGCGCCCACGGCCGCUUCCGCCCCCGCACCCGCCUCUUCGCCUGCGCCCGUGCCUAGCAGCGCGCAGCACACCACACCUUCGGCGUCCCAGGUGGUGACGACGGUGGCGCCCAGCGCUCCGGCCAGCACCACGGCCGCCAUCACGACGCCCGUAUCCUCGGGCGCGCCGCUCUUCAAGAGCACGCAGUGCGCGCCGCGCCACAUCAGCCAGCCAGAUAAAGGGCUCCCAAAAGCGAUGGUGAAGCCCAACAUCCUGACGCACGUGAUUGAGGGCUAUGUGAUCCAGGAGGCGGGCGAGCCGUUUGCCGUGAACCGGCCGCUGCGCGAAUGGGCGGCCGACAAGGACGACAAGGAAAACAAGCAGCCUUCGAGCGACGAGCCCCCGCGCAAGCAGAUCAUCCGACUGCUGCCUGACCAAGAGAAUUAUACAGUAGUCCUCGCCGGGCUCAAACGCAAAAAGCAAAUGUUGGAAAGUGGCAGUAGUGGGCAUCAUCAUCUACCCCGCAUCAGCUCGAGCCAUGAGAAUGACCGCGAGAGCAACGCCAGUGCACGAGCGUCGGCGGGCGCGAGGGCGGCGGCGAACGCGGGCGCGCCAGCGGGCGCGGGCGCGGGCGCGGGCGGGGGGGCGGGCGCGGGCGCCGCUACCGUCAAGACCGAGAGUGCCGCCAGCGCCGAGGCCGCGCAGGCGGCUGACGAUGCCGCCAGCAAGCCGCAACUGCCCAAUGUCAACAAGUGGACGGUGGCGGAGGUGUGCGAGUUCAUCCGUAGCAUCCCCGGGUGCGCGGGCUACGCGGACGAGUUCCUGAUGCAGGAGGUGGACGGCGAGGCGCUGCUGCUGAUCCGCGCCGAGCACCUCGUCAUGGCGCUGUCCAUGCGCCUCGGGCCCGCGCUCAAGAUCGUGGCCAGCAUCGACGCGCUGCGCCCCGACUCCGACCAGACGCACCACGACCACGACUGAGAAUUGCUUUAAGUCCAUCCAGAGUGGGCAUCAAUAGAGUUAAGUACUAUACUACAGAAGUUUAGUGAUGUGUUCAUAGUUAAUUGUCCCAAGAAACGAAUUGUGUUAAGUCAUGUGUAUAUAGUUUUAGUCUAAUGUUUCAAUUCAUAUAUUGUAAAACCAUUGGUAUCACUCAUGUUAAUAGUAGUUGAAGUAUUAUAUAAGGUAUGUUGUAGUAACUUACUUAUUGUAAGUUUGUAUUUAUGUUAUUAAUUCAAUGUUAUUAAAAAAAUAUUUUUAAAUGAAUCUAAUGGACGUAAUUAUUAUUAACUCAUAGGUAUUAUUUGAUUGUUUAUAUAUUAUCUUAAAAUACCAUUAACCACACAAGCUUCGUUUCUCAAAUGUAAUCGUAGUGUAUUACUGUGAAUAUUGAAUACGAGUAGAAACAAAUAACUUGUUGUGUUUGUGAGUUAAGUAAGUAUCCUUAGGUCGAAACGUGUUGCAGGCUCUGCCUGGGCCGCGGCCGCGGCAGAGCGCCGACGCGGCCGCGACUACUCGAGGACGAGUUGUCGAAAGUUCCGCCUAUUUAGUGUUAAGCGUCACAUGCGUAAUAGUUUACGAUAUUCAAUGAUUCUAUGUUAUUGGGAGCGGGUCCUUCCGCCGACGCGGCGUCAUCGUCACCGCCGUCCACGUGAUGUCAUCGUGAUCAUUACUUGUGUGAACAUCACCCAUUGUUCAAAAGUCUUGAGAAUAUUAUUCAUCUUCGGCGUUCUCAUAACUAUAAAGGAAUAAUAAUAACUUUGAUUCAAAAGAAACAACAACCAUUCAUUAUUAUAUCCACAAACUCCUUGACAUCCAUCCAUCCACUUCAUGUCCUAUGAUAAUGAUGUAACUACAAUUUCCGUGUAUUUAAAAUGUACAGAUUUUUACGACUAAUAUGAUUGAAAGAGGUAAUAGUUGAACUAUACUUCAUGUCAUGUGUCAAAAACCCUUACGAUUCGCCGAAAUGGAAUAAUAAGUGUCUCAAAUGUCUAAAGUAACUGAAUUACGUAUCGAUGAGGAAAUAAAUACCAUUCACUCGUGUCAGUGUCAAUAGUAAUAACACACGUCAAUCCCAUCGGCUCGUACAUAAGUCGGUAGGAGAGUAGAGGUGAAUGAUAAAGCAAUGCACACCGUUCAUAGAGUACUCAUUACAUAAAUAGUAGUAAAUGCACGAAUGACUCAAUUUUGAAUGUCAUUCAAGUGCAGAAACUUUGUGUUCAAUUUUACAAUUGACUAUUGAACUUAUCGACACGAAAAAAUAACAGUAAUUUUAUAAUCCUGGAGUCGUUACCUACUGCGUGACCUCAACUCUGGUGCCGACGACUUAACUAACAUGCUGAUACGUUUGCGUUGUAUUUAUUCACUAGUGAUUUUAGUACUAAUGUAAAUUAUAUAAUUAAUAAUGUAGAUAUAAUAACCAAUAUUUCUGACAAAUACCUAUUUAAGAAUUUUAUUUCAUGUAGUUUGAACAUAUUUCUAAUUGUGUAAUUUUUGGUGUCCUCUUAGUGGAAAUGCAAUAUGGGUUCUACCAAUGGUUUUCUAAUUGUAUACUUAAACCUAAUUUUAUAAUUUAAUUAAAAGAAUAAUUGUUAUUAAUUUAGAAUUAUGUCUUAAGUUUUUUAUUGCAAGUGCAAUGAUAUUGGAAUAGUUUAUAAUUGUAAAAGAUAACUCAAUGUCAUCUUAUGAAUAAUGCUAUUAAAACGUAUUAUUUAACAUCUUCCUACUAAUUUACUUAUUAUUAUGGUGCUAUAUAGUGUUGGGUUUGUGUGAUAGUUGUAUUGUAUAUGUACGACUACGAGUAUAGCCGCGGCAAGGCGUUAUUUAUUUAUU